AUGAGCAAAAGCAAUCCGUUGCUUGCUAACUUGAAGGCUUUUAAGAGCAAGGUCAAAUCAGCUCCUGUGCUCGGAGUACCAAGGUCCAACAGCAAUAGUCGAGCCAACAGUAACACUAGUGUUAACAACAGUGACAAUAUAGUUGAGAUCAAGGAUGAGGAUGAUACUAGCGCCACACCCAAGAAAAGAAACAGAGCUGCCACUGAGGAUGAAGUUGAUCUAAUUGAUGAUGAUAGUGAUUAUGACAGUUCACCAUCAAAACGUGUAAAACCUGGUUCUUUAGCUGCUGCUGCCUUGCAAGCCAGUCAGGCUGAUAUAUCUAAGAGUCAUGAUUCAUCUAAACUUUUAUGGGCCACAGAGUACAUUCAAAAGAAGGGUAAACCUGUACCGUUAACUGAACUUAUGGACUAUCUCUCCAUGAAGAGAGACGAUAAGGUGAUAGGCCUUCUGAAAAAACUAGAGCGGAUAGAGUUUGAUGAGAAGAAGAGCACAUUCAAAUAUCUAUCGACUUAUGACGUACAUUCUGCGCAGGAGUUAUUGACACUGCUAAAGAACCAAGUCACAUUCAAAGGUAUUUCAUUCAAGGAUUUGAAAGAUGGUUGGCCGCAGUGUGAAGAGACCAUCAAUGAUCUAGAGGAAGAGAGCCAAAUACUGGUCUUGAGAACCAAAAAGGACAAGACACCACGUUAUGUCUGGUACAACCGUGGUGGUAAUCUAAAUUGCAUCGACGAAGAAUUCGUGAAAGUCUGGGAGAAUGUCCAACUGCCACAGUUCACCGAGCUGCCAAGAAAGCUGCAAGAACUAGGUUUAAAACCUGCUAGCAUCGACCCAUCCUCUGUCAAGAGACAAACUACAAGAGUUGAAGUCAAGAAGAAGAGAAACAGAAGAGGUAAGAUCACGAACACACACAUGGCUGGUAUCCUAAAGGACUACUCGAACAAAGCAUAA